AUGGAGAUCGCGCUGGUAACACUCGAGAACGGAGGCGCCACGGCCAUCGGAGGAGGCGAAGAUGGCACCGGGGCAGGACUAAGCAGGGCAGCGCGGCACAGGCGAGAUCCGCUCCAGCUGCCCACCUCGGCGCCUCGGCGGAAUGAGUGCGGCGGCAAGGAAGGCUGCCCCCAGCCGGACCAUCGGGAGGAAACUGUGGCGGCGGCGCCGGCUGGAGCCUCGAGCUCGCCAAACAGCCUCCUGCGCAGGGACGCCGUUGCCGCGCCGUUGCCGCGGGGCCUCCUCUUGCGCCCGCCGGCGGCGGCAGUGUCGACACCAGAGGAAGGGGGACCUCACUUGGGCACGGCCAGGGCUCCCUCAGUCGGCCAUCAUCCUUCUCCCUCCGCUGCGGCGGCUACUGGCGAGGAGGGCGACGACGGCGAGGAAGAGGGCCAGAGGGCCCGGCAUGGCCAGCAGCGAGUUCUCAUCAACAUCUCCGGCCUGCGCUUCGAGACCCACUUGGGCACACUCGACCAGUUCCCAGACACGUUACUGGGCGACCCGGAGAAGCGCAUGCGCUACUUCGACCCCCUGCGCAACGAGUACUUCUUUGACCGCAACCGGCCAAGCUUUGACGGCAUCCUGUACUUCUACCAGUCGGGGGGCAAGCUUCGGCGGCCCGUCAACGUUUCCAUAGAUGUCUUCGCCGACGAAAUCCGCUUCUAUCAGCUGGGCGAGGAUGCCAUGGAGAGGUUCCGGGAGGACGAAGGCUUCAUCAAGGAGGAGGAAAAGCCUCUGCCCGUCAACGAGUUCCAGCUCCAGGUGUGGCUCAUCUUUGAGUACCCCGAAAGCUCCAGCUCAGCUCGUGGCAUCGCCAUAGUCUCGGUGCUGGUUAUCCUCAUCUCCAUCAUUACCUUUUGCCUGGAGACCUUGCCCGAGUUCCAUGAUGAGCAGCAGAUCCACGUGCCCCUUCUCCCUCCAUCUAAUGGCACCACUGGAAAUACUCCCCAGCAGCAGCCUCCCAGUGCCCUGACUGACCCCUUCUUCAUUAUUGAGACCACUUGUGUCAUUUGGUUCACCUUCGAAUUACUGGCGCGUUUUUUUGCUUGCCCUAGCAAACCUGAGUUCUCCAGAAAUAUCAUGAACAUCAUUGACAUUGUAGCCAUUAUCCCUUACUUCAUCACUUUGGGGACUGAACUGGCUCAAGAACAGCAGAAGGAACAGCCAGGAAGCAUUAGCAAUGGAGGCCAGCAGCAAGCCAUGUCCUUGGCCACCCUGAGAGUCAUCCGCCUGGUCAGGGUCUUUAGGAUCUUCAAGCUCUCCAGGCACUCCAAGGGGCUGCAGAUCUUGGGACAGACUUUGAAAGCUAGUAUGAGGGAACUUGGUCUUCUCAUCUUCUUUCUUUUCAUUGGAGUAAUUCUCUUCUCCAGUGCUGUGUAUUUUGCUGAGGUUGAUGACCCUGAAUCACAUUUCUCUAGUAUACCUGAUGCCUUCUGGUGGGCAGUGGUCACCAUGACCACAGUGGGUUAUGGUGAUAUGAGGCCUGUCACUGUAGGGGGCAAAAUCGUGGGUUCCUUGUGUGCCAUUGCUGGUGUGCUCACCAUUGCCCUGCCUGUGCCUGUUAUUGUGUCCAACUUCAACUACUUCUACCACCGAGAAACUGACCAUGAAGAACAGGCCAUCCUCAAGGAGGAGUCUAGUAGUAGUGCUCAGGGCAGUUCAGCUGGGGACUUGAAUAGACAAACCAGUAAAAACUCUUUGGACAAAUCUGUUGUGCACUUGGAGAAUAUUGAGGGGAUUAACAAUGGGGCUAGAAAUGUAGAGAAGGCCAAUAUCAUAGCUAAAACCAGUGUAGAUCUCAGAAAAUCUCUCUAUGCACUCUGUCUAGAUACCAACAGGGAAACAGACUUGUAAGACAAAAGACUUGUAAGACAAAGAAAGCAACGUUUACUUGAUGGAAUUAUUAGGGAAGACUAAAUGGUUCUGUCACUUAGUAUUCAUUUUUAAACACGGUAGUUGUUCUAAAGAAACCUCCAAAAAUACAAGUUAUUUUGUUUCAUUUUCGUUUGAAAUAUUCUUUCUCUCUUCCUCACCCCCACCUCUACCCCAAUGAGACUGAGUGUCCUCUAUUUAUAAAACCAGCUAAGAUUAAGCUAGACAUCUCCCAUUAUCUAGGAGGCUUUCUAUAAGCUAUUAAGUGCAAACUGAUGUUGCUUGCAGAUAAUUUAUUUUAUUAAAAAGAACGUGUGUAGCACAUUUCGCUUGUCCAACCCUUUUUUCCAUGGGUAGUAAAUGGAUUUGUUGCUGGUACUGUAGUUUCAAUCUGAAAUAUUUCUAUUUUCUAGAGGUAUGCGUAUAUAUAUAGAUGAAAAGGAGCACUUUUUUUGGUGAUGUAUGUCUUCAUAAAAUCUCUAGAAAUGUUUAGCUUAAUAUAUCCCCCCCUUUUAGUACAAAACUGAUUUAUCUUAUGUGUGAAGUGAAUGCAGUACUUUCUAGCAGAAAAACAUUUUGUUGCCUGAGUUGGGUUUUUGUUCUCUCACUGAGCCUUAAAUUACU